AUGUGUGAUUCAACUGGUGUACAUAUAACUCGAAUCUAUGUAAAUUGUACACGAAAAACUCCUUCACCAAUUCGUUCAUCAAAUACAAUUCCUGUAUGUACAUCAACACCAAUAAGUAAUAUUGAUUCAACAAAUUCAAUAUUACAACAACAAGUGGGUUUACUUGCUAAAGAAGUUCUUGCAUUACAACAAGGUUCAUCAGAAAUAUUAAUACAAAAUACUGAAUCAUUACAAAAUGAACAAUAUAUAUUUAUUUCAAAAGGAACAGGUCAACAAAUUGAUUUUUUAACAGGUGAAGGAAUUACUAAAAUAACAAAUUCGAAUACAGGAACAAUAAAUAAAAAGAAAAAACGACGACAAUCAAAUGCUGUUCUACCAACAAUAUCAAGUCGUUCAUCAAAAUCAAGUGACGAUGGAGAUUAUUCAGUAGUUACGAAUAAUGAUAUGCCGUUAUCAAAUGAAAAGAAAAAAGCAAAUUUUACAUCUUAUGAUGGUAUACAAGUGUUUACAUUUACAUUAGAUGAUGAUUAG